GCUAUUGGCAGUAUUGAUGUAUUGGUUAAUAGUGUUGAUUAUUAUGGGAGUGCAGUGGGUAACUUAUCAACUCAAUAUCAAUUUAACAAAUAUGACUUUGAAGUUGAGGCUAUUAUUAGUAACAGUUUGUCACUGGUCAUAAUAAUUAAGGAUAAAUACAUCAAUCAACAGCCUGCUCCAAUAUCCUGUGAAUUGACUGUAACUAAUUUAACUCAAUCAUCAUCAAUGGAUUGUCUUUCUAAAAGAUUGUUUAUAUUCACUAAUGUCACUGAAGGAGAUGUGUAUAAUUAUACUGUUACUAUUACUAAUGUUGUUGGGUCUACUGUUAAGAAUGGCUCCAUAGUACUAGAACAAACGUGUCCACCAAGUGCUCAAAGUUGCUGUUCAGCUUUUCCGAUUUCUCACCAGUCUUGUUCUGUAUCAAAUACAGAAUCAAGCACACCAUCUUCCACUAUGGAAUCCUGUGGAUCGAAUUGUGUCCUUCCUUGGAUAGUUGGUGUGAUAGUUGGGACAGCAGUGGUUUCACUUUUGAUUUAGCUUUUACUUCAAAGACUUACAACAUUGUGCACUACAAGAAGCAUAAUGUCUCCCUGAGUAGAAAAUAUUAGUGUUGUAAUAGCUCUUCAUUAGUAUCAAUUCUAUUAAUAACUUAGACAUUUCAUUAGCUACAUAUGCAGAGUGUGUAUCAAUUUAGUUUUCCUUUUUGAUAGUCAAUUUAAUCAAACAACAAAACU